AUGUCAAAGCCAGCGCGGACCAGAAAGGUUGAGUCGUGGGAGAAGCCCGUCUUCCGCGAUUGCAAGAUUGCCAUAGCGGGCCAGCUAGACGAGAACUGGACAGAGCAGCAGAUCGAGCGUUGGAUCAAGUACCGACAUGGCGAGCUGGUUGACAAGGUGGACGAGACGGUGACACAUCUGGUGUGCUCCAAGGAGGAGUUUGACAAGGGAGGAACGGGCAUCUAUGGUCGAGUCGCGGACGCUUAUCGAAUCAUGAAGGCCAAGAACAAGGGCAAGAGAGGCAACAAGAAUCUACACAAGAUCUUCAUCGUCAAGUCAGACUGGCUUGAAUUCAGCUGCAUCAAGGCAAAGAAGCUGAAGGAACUCGACUAUGAGUGGAGUCGACCCGAGAAGAAAGAGAGCGAAAAGGCGGUACAGGAAAAGAAGCUCGCCAAGGGCAAACAGUUGGAAGAGAAUGGCUUUAUCAACACCGCACUAAACCAUGUCUACACGGACAACACCAACUUCAAGUACGAGAUUACUCUUGGGGGCAAGGACUCGAGCUGCUAUACACUUUAUUUGUUCGAGUCAAAUGCCACACCUCACCUGUACCACUUUGUGGCAAAGUUCACCAAGAAGAAGCGGGCGCCGCCAAAAUACCACAAACCCUCUGUCACCCAGGGCCUGUUCGCCCGCGAGUUCGAUCUGUUCAAGGCCUUCUUCCUCUCCAAGACGGGCGUCGAGUGGGAGGACCGCCUGCGUGACUAUCUCGUCCCGAAAGACGCCAAGUUUACUUAUGCGGCCCCGGCUGGAGAUGCACCCAAGGGUUCCAAGGAGGAGUAUCCGCAGUGA